AUGGCCCCUCAACCUACUCCCCAGCAGUGCUGCUGCCUCCCCAGCCCCGAUCAAUCUGAGAGAGGCCAACCUAUACGCAUUGCUCGGAAUUUUCCGGUCGAAGCUCUUGCCAUUUUUCGGGACUUUGAUGAUGACGAUGUUAUCGAGAUAGAACCUCCAGCAAAGCGUCGCAAACAUGAUGACGCACAUCCCAUCGAACUACAUCAGGCCGAACUUGUCAUCUCAAGGAAACAAAAAUCUUGCUCAGCAUCUGCACACUCUUUCACAAGGUUGAUAGAUGGAGAUUGCAUUAGGUUACAGGAGUUCCGGGAACCUACCACGACAACCCUUCGCCUAGAGCGGCUUGAGGACGGCCCGUUUUCGCUAUUAAUCGACAUACCCAAAGGCAUACCGCAUGACAUAUCUGCACUCAUCAACUUUAGCGACUCCCUUCCCCGAGGACGCCAGGCCGGCAGGAUCAGACUCAAGAGUGAACUGUACUUCGCUGCUCAGAGCGACCAAGUGACGCUUCGUUUCAGGUUCACGCUACUAUGGCUAUCAAUCACGACUUUCCAUGCCCUGCGGUCAUCCGGAGAACUUGCUCAUGUUCCUGAUGCAAGGCGAGCAAUCUUAUCAGCCAUACUCCCUGGCCUGCCUCUCGAGACUUCAGAGGGAUCACCUCAGGAAUUCUACAAAUCCGCAUACUCUACCAAGCCGGAGAUCUUUGACAUGCCCAUAAAAGGACUAAAAGCCGACUUGUACCCUUUCCAGAGACGUGCCGUUCGAUGGUUGUUGGGACGAGAAGGCGUACGGUGGGAGAACCUAGCUGCAAGUGCCGCCUCGGCCACCGUUGCAUCGCAUGAAGCUCCUCGGCAAGUGCCGCCUGGCUUUACCGAGCUCCAGGAUAUGCACGGAAACAGCUUUUACGCCAGCGACUUGCUGGAUGUGGCCGUUCGUGACAUUGAUUCGAUCCCAUACAGAAUAGACGCCAUCAAAGGAGGCAUCCUGUCAGAGGAAAUGGGACUGGGCAAAACCCUGGAGAUGAUCGGCCUCAUUCUUCUGCACCCUGCACCUCCAUGCUCGGUUGUAGGAAUGGGUGACAACUCACAGAAACCCGACUUGAGGCGUACUGGGGCGACCCUGAUCAUAACUCCGACAACUCUGCGUGCGCAAUGGGUUGCCGAGUUGAAAAAGCAUGCACCGUCUUUGAGCGUUAUGAUUUACCAGGGCAUGAAAAGGUCAUGCCUUGACAGGAAGAAAUCCCUUGAAACCCAAAGCGAAUCAGCAGUUCUCGAAGAUUUCAUAUCUCAUGAUGUGGUCAUCAUGACUUAUAAGGAACUCAGAGCUGAGAUACAUUAUGCUUCACCACCCCCUGACAGAUCCCGAAGACGAGAGAGAAAGUAUACCCGCCCACUUUCGCCACUUGUGCAGUGUCUAUGGUGGCGGGUAUGUUUAGAUGAGGCGCAGGAGGUUGACUCAGGAGUGAGUAAGGCCGCCAUCCUCGCCCGGACGAUACCCCGGGUGAACGCGUGGGCAAUAACAGGCACUCCUAUCAAGGAUGAUAUUAUGGACCUCAAAGGGUUGCUCAUGUUUCUGCACUGUGAACCCUUCACGGAUUCUCACAUAUGGGGAGAACUCGUCCGCCGUCAAAGUGACUUCCACGCUAUAUUCAACACGCUUGCCCUCCGCCACUCGAAGCAGCUGGUCAGGGAGGAGCUUGAUCUGCCUUUGCAGAAACGCUAUGUGAUCAAUAUUCCUUUCAAUGCGGUCGAGGAUCAGUACUACCAGAGGCUCUUUCGUCGUUUGGUGAAGGAUUGUGAUCUUAAUGAGCAAGGAGAGCCCAUAGUCGAUGAUUGGGACCCCAAGGACUACACGGCUGUCAUGCGGAACUGCCUGGACACGUUGCGAAAGGCAGCUCUUCAUCCACAUGUAGGAGCGGGGAAUCGAAUGCUCCCUCGAAACCCUCUCCGGACCGUGAUGCAAGUUCUUGAUCACAUGCUUCUGGAAGCUGGAAGCAGUCUCCUGACCAGACAGCGUGCUCUCCUGGUCAACAAGAUCACCCAGGGUCAGCUGCUUGAAAAUACGCCCCGAAAGAAAGAGGCUUUGGAAAUUUGGCAGCAAGUCCUUAAAGAAACAGAACCUCUGGUCAAGAAUGUGCGCCAAGAAUUGCAUGAAAAUCAAAAACACACUGAGAAGGAACGAAAGGAACGGCAAAAACUGGAAAGGGUUGUUAAAGCGAAAGCCGCCGAGGAAUCAGACAGUGGCUCGGACUCGGACUCUUCAUCCUCCAGCGCAACCUCCUCUUUACCCGAGUGCACCUCUCCGGCAGAUGAGAGUGUCACAGUGCGCCUGGAUAAGGUGAAAACGAAACUGAAAUCGCUUCUCGAGAUCCAGACUGAGAUGCAAAGAAAGUUGAGAUCGCUCCUCGAGAUCGAGCACAAGGUGGUUUUUUUCAUUGGCAAUGCGUACUUUCAAAUCAAGAGUGACGAGGACAUGACUGAGCCUGACUCGGAAGAGUUCAAGCAACUUGCGGAGCUCGAGGACGAAUAUUAUUCCCGUGCGAAGAAGAUUCGUCAGGAGAUACUGCAGGAAGCCAACCAUAAAGCCACGCGCAUGAUGAAGCGAAUCGAGGCGCGGGCAAAGAAGCAAGACUUUGCCGUCAUCCCGGAGAUGACAUGUGACUUGAGGCCCGGCGUCGAGACCAUGUCUAUCGUGGGCAGGGUACAGGUGCUAUGUGAGACUCUGAACGAUCAAGCUAACUUGCUGGAUGAGUGGCGUGAGCGGCUCAUUGGCCUCCUGUGCAAGCCGUUGAUUGACGAAGAAGAAGAGGUGACUGGCGACGAAUAUGGUGAUUCUACCCAGGUUCAAGAGGAGAUUAUCGUAUAUGUUCAAGUCAUUAGGGCCACAAUCGCGGAUCGUCUGGCAGUCAUGUCCGGGCAACAGGUUUCCAAGCUUGUCGUUGACGAGACGCGAAUAUCUCUCGCCCAGGCUGUAAAAGGCAAAGGCCCUGCUCCGGAGCUGUUGAUUGAUCUGCUUGCGUCUCGCGACAAGAUCGCCCCGAGACCGGGUUCAGACUCCAUAAGGGGAUUCCUUGGGGAGCUGAGGACUCUGACGGCAUCACUGAGGUCGCAAGGCUCUGGUCGAGCGCAGCUGGAGUUGAGCAUUGUCGAGAAACUUCAAAAGUCGCUUUCCGACCAGUCUUGGGACCAGAACAAGGCUCAUAAUGCCUUGGAGUCAGAGAUUGACAAAUUCACAACCAUAAUGAACGCCCGCGUUGAUUAUUAUCGACAACUGCAGGCCAUUUCAGAUGAUGUCUCGCCCUAUGAUAUUAUACUUGAUAAAGACGGCGAGAGGGAUGAAGUCGCGAUGGCUGAAGCCAUGCGUGCCUUGAAGACCGAGGAGGAAAAGCUGGCCCAGAUAGUGGAAAAAGUCAGCACUGAACACCGCUACUUGAUCAACCUGAAGAAUGCUGGCGACAAAGAGGAAUCUCGUAUUUGCCCCAUUUGCCAGACCGAAAUAACUAACGGUGUUAUGACCAUGUGCGGCCACCAGUUCGACAAGGAUUGUCUAUUCGAGUGGUUAAAACGGGCUUCCAACUGCCCUACGUGCAAACGCUUGGUGCAACGGCACCAGCUUCACCCAUUCGUUCUCAAGACUCGAGAUCUGAAGCUUGUGGACAACGAUGGCGAAAAUGGAGAUGACUCCACGCCUACUAAGGCAAACAGUGGUCAUCAGACCACGGGAAGUCAGACACAGGCUGGAGACGGCAUAUAUGCGACCUUCAAUUCCCAGAGACUGGCUCAGAUCCAGGCCGUGGAGCUGGUACACCCCUCUUUUACAACAAAGGUCGACGCUAUUGUCCGGCACAUUCUGUGGCUAAGACUGAGCGAACCUGGCGCCAAGUCAAUCAUAUUCUCACAGUAUGCAGGCUUCUUUGGUGUUCUUUCGGCGGCGUUUACGAAAUACCGAAUUGGAUUCUCGUCCAUCGGCGAGCAAAACGGCAUCGAGCGUUUCAAACAAGAGGCCGGGAUCGAAUGCUUCUUCCUGCACGCUCGCGCGCAAUCGAGCGGCUUGAACCUAGUCAACGCGAACCACGUAAUACUCUGUGAGCCACUACUCAACACGGCUCUCGAGUUGCAGGCGAUUGCGCGGGUUGAUCGGAUUGGUCAGACUCAGGACACAACGGUUUGGUUGUACAUGGUCGAAGGCACUGUCGAGCCGACUAUUUAUAACCUGUCGGUUCAGCGGCGUCUGGAGCACAUGGACCGCGUCAUCAAAGCGAACGCAGAUGGCGGCUGUUUCAUGGACGAAAAGGCAGUUGAGGCGGCCAACUCGUUGGAAAUGCAGCAGGCGAGCUUGACCAAGCUGAUGCGCAAGGAGAAGGGCACCGCAGCCGGCGAAGAGAUUGCUGCCGAUGAUCUUUGGACAUGCAUCUUUGGGCAUGUCAAAAAGGAAGAGAACGAUCAAGGGGAAGAGGAGGAGGACAGGUUGCGGAACGAUGUUGUAGUCAGGAGAAGAUUAUUGGGCGACGCUGUGGAACAAAGGAUGGAAUAUAAUGAGUGA